AUGCCCAACGUCUCUACGGUGAAGGAAUUCCUCCUGCUGAGUUUCUCGGAGGUCCGGGAGCUGCAGCUGGUCCACGCCGUGCUGUUCCUCCUGGUCUACCUGGCGGCCCUGACGGGGAAUCUCCUCAUCGUCGCCGUCACCGCCUUCGACCGGUGCCUCCGCACCCCCAUGUACUUCUUCCUCAGGAACCUGUCCCUCAUCGACCUCUGCUACAUCUCCGUCACCGUCCCCAAGUCUGCCGUCAUCUCCCUGACCGAUCGUAGAGCCAUCUCCCUCCCGGGCUGUGCCGCCCAGGUCUUCUCGGUGGUCAUGUUUGGUGGUUCAGAGAUAUUCCUCCUCACGGCGAUGUCCUACGACCGCUACGCCGCCAUCUGCCUCCCCCUGCGUUAUGAGCUCAUCAUGACCAACACGGCCUGUGGAACGAUGGCGGCCGCCUCCUGGCUCACUGGGGUGAUGUUUGGGGUCUUGUAUUCAUCUUCGACUUUCUCCCUGAGCUUCUGCGGGUCCAACAUCAUCCAGCAGUUCUUCUGUGACAUCCCCUCCCUGCUGAAGAUCUCCUGCUCCGAGGACCACGUCAUCGUCGACGUGACUGUCACCUGUGGGGUAGCUAUAGUUGUCAUCUGCUUGGUCUCCAUCGUCGUCUCGUACGUGCACAUCUUCCGGGCCGUGCUGAGGAUGCCGGCCGCUGAGAGCCGGGCCAAAGCCUUCUCCACCUGCCUGCCUCACCUCGCCGUCGUCAUCGUCUUCCUCUUGACCGGAACUUUCACCUACGUCAAGCCUCCCGUGUCAGACUCCCCCUCAACCCUGGACCUCCUGUUGUCCAUAUCCUACACCGUGAUGCCCCCCGCCCUGAACCCCCUCAUCUACAGCCUGAGGAACCGGGACAUGAAGGCCGCCCUGGGGAGAGUCAUCUCCUGCUCCGAGGAUCACGUCGUCAGUGACGUGAGCAUCACCGGUGGGGUAGCUAUAGUUGACGUCUGCCUGGUCUCCAUCGUCGUCUCGUACAUCUCCUGCUCCGAGGAUCACGUCGUCAGCGACGUGAGCAUCACCGGUGGGGCAGUUUUAGUUGUCGUCUGCCUGGUCUUCAUCGUCGUCUCAUACACCUUCCUGUCAUCCCCAUCCACAUCCAGGACUGACGAGAUGGAGUGA